AUGGCAGUCGCAAUCCAACACGCCCCAAUCUCUCUGGAGGCUUUAUCCGACAACAUCGACGCCGUAAAUGUCCACAAGACAGACCUCCAAAGAGAGAAAGGACUCUAUGACGAAUCCGUGUUCGAUAAAGCCAAAGACACGGCCGGGUUCCGUCAAUUCAAUGACGCCUGCGAUCAAGUCAAAAACUUCUACGCUCAGCAACACACUCUCCAAACUGUAGCCUACAACCUGAAGGCGCGCAACGAUUUCAAAACCAAGACGCGCGCCCACAUGACAGUCUGGGAAGCAAUGGAGAAACUAAACACUUUCAUUGACGAAUGUGACCCUGACACCUCCGAGUCGCAGAUGACGCACCUCCUCCAAUCAGCCGAGGCAAUUCGCAACGAAGGAAAGCCACGCUGGAUGCAACUGGUUGGGCUUAUCCACGAUCUCGGCAAACUGCUCUUCUUCUUCGGUGCGCAGGGACAGUGGGAUGUUGUUGGUGAUACGUUCGCUGUAGGAUGUGCUUUUGAUGAGAAGAUCAUCUUCGGGACUGAGUCUUUCAAGAAUAACGAGGAUUAUAACAAUCCUGUUUAUAGCACCAAGCAUGGCAUUUAUUCUCCUGGGUGCGGAUUGGAGAAUGUUAUGCUUGCUUGGGGCCAUGACGAGUAUCUUUACCACAUUGUUAAGGAUCAGUCUAUUAUUCCGGAGGAGGGGUUGGCUAUGAUUCGGUAUCAUUCCUUCUAUCCGUGGCAUCGGGAGGGGGCAUAUCAUGACUUCAUGAAUGAGCAUGAUUAUAAGAUGUUGGAGGCUGUGAGAGCAUUCAAUCCUUAUGAUUUGUAUAGCAAGAGUGAUGAACUUCCUGAUGCCGAGAAGCUGAAGCCUUAUUACUUGGAGCUUAUUGAUGAAUUCUUCCCCGAGAAGGUCAUCAGAUGGUAA